CCUAUUCAAACCGCUCUAAAUAAUAGUAGUGUAUAAGUAUUGCCAGUAAUGGCUAAAGAAAAAAGAUCAAAAAAUGCCUUGAGAAGGGAGAAGGCAAAACAAAGGAAAUUGAAUCCUAAUGAUACAUCUCAUCAGUCGCAAUCCAUAUCUAGCGAAGAGGUUAAACCAUCACAAGAGAAAGAGGUAAAGCAUGAGGAAAUACCGCUUGAAAAGGAACCUAUUCAUGAAGAGGAUGGAGUAGAUCAUACACUUUCUACUGAUGAAACUCUAUUGAAGCAAUUUGCUGGGAUAUUCGAUAGAUUUAAUGGAGUUCAAGAAACCAAAGACGAAUCUAAUGGUUCUAAUGGUUCUAAUGGUUCUAAUGGUUCUCAAUAUGAUGAUGAAAAGGGUGAAGUAUUCUAUAGUAGUGGUUCUGAUAGAGAUGUAGAAGAAGGAAAGGAUUCUAGUUCAGAAAGCGAAGAUGAAGAUGAAGAUGAAGAAAAAGAGUGGUCUAGAAGACAACUUCGAAUCAAGAAUAAAGUACCAUUAGCAUUACUUAAAGCAUCUGCUUCUAGACCACAAAUUGUUGAUUGGUAUGAUGCCGAUGCAGCAGAUCCAUACUUACUCGUUGCAUUAAAAUCUCAAACAAAUAUAAUUCCUGUUCCAGGUCAUUGGUCAUCUAAACGUGAAUAUUUAUCAAGUAAAAGAGGAUUAGAAAGAGCCCCAUUUCAAUUACCAAAAUUUAUUCGUGAUACAGGUAUCAUGGAUAUGAGAAAUACAGAUGAUCAAUCUAUACGACAGCAACAAAGAGAAAAAGUUCAACCCAAAAUGGGGAGACUUGAUAUUGAUUAUCAGAAGUUAUAUGAUGCCUUCUUUAAACAUCAAAAGAAACCUAAAAUGUCAGGAUUUGGAGAUGUUUACUUUGAAGGAAGAGAAGCUAAUGAUGAAUAUUCCGAUGAUGUUUUGAAAUUAAAACCAGGAAUAGUAUCAAAAGAAUUAAGAAAAGCCCUUGGAAUGUCUGAUAAUUUAAAUACUCCACCGCCUUGGAUUCAACUAAUGACCCAAAUUGGAAGACCUCCAGCCUAUAAAGGAUUGAUUAUCCCUGGACUAGAUAAAGAAUAUGAUAAUUCAGGGUAUCGAGAUAAAGAUACAGUUGAAAUUAACAGAGAAGAUCAUUGGGGGGCAUUGGCUGAUUAUGAAGAAUCUGAAGAAGAAGAGGAUGAACAAGAAGAUGAAAGUAAUGAAGAAGAUGCAGAAGUUAAUUACUCUGAAGAAAGUGAAGAAGUUGUUGAUGAUGAUGGGACUAAAAAAGAAAUUAGUGAAUAUGGUGGUUUCAACACAAAGUUCACAACCACAACAGUUGAUGAAAGUACAUCAGAAAACACUCAACCAAAGUCAUUAUAUACUGUAUUAAACGAAUUGGGUAGAGGUGAAGGCUAUGAACUACCAGCCAAAGGUGAUAAAUCAGAUAAGGGUUCAAAGACAGGGGAAGCCAAAAAGCAAGAAAUGACAGAAGAAGAUUUAGCUAAAAAUUUUAAAUUUUAAUGUAUAUAAGCU